AUGUUGAGGUACCAUAUGCAAGGCUUUAGUGGGUAUGGCAUCCAAUACUCACCUUUUUUUGAUAAUAAGAUAGCUGUAGCUUCAGGUUCCAACUUUGGCCUAGUCGGAAACGGUAAAUUGUUCAUCUUAGACAUCGAUAACAAGGGUAGAAUGAUGGAAAGCAAAUCGUUCCUGACUCAGGAUGGGUUGUUCGAUGUGGCGUGGAAUGAACUGCACGAAAGCCAGGUCUUAGUGGCUCAAGGAGAUGGGACUUUGAGACUUUUUGAUAUAAUGCUCAAUGACUACCCCAUAGCUGUCUUUCACGAGCACAGUAAGGAGGUCCUAAGUUGCAAUUGGAACCUCAUCAAUAAGCACCUUUUUGUAAGCAGCUCAUGGGAUGGUUCAAUCAAGGUUUGGUCCCCGGCCCGAAGCUCGAGUUUGACUACUCUGGCACCUCGCCCUAAUAAUGCAGUGCAUAACAACCUUCACCCAUCAAAAAAUGUUCCUAUUUCUAGCCAAAAGCAGCACAAUGCGCUUACUAAAAACAAAAAAUGUAUAUACCAAGCCCAAUUCUCGCCCCACGACCCCAACUCUGUCAUGGGCUGCUGCAGUAAUUCCUAUGUUACGUUGUUCGACCUGCGACAACCGUCAAACUCUAACCAAUACAGCUUUCUAGCACAUGCCGGAAUGGAAACUCUGGCGUGCGAUUUCAAUAAGUACCGACCCUAUAUCGUGGCCACUGGUGGUGUCGAUAAUAUGAUUAAAAUCUGGGAUCUCCGAAUGGUAAGGAAAAUGAGCAUAAAUUCACGUCAACCCAUGAGCGUUAACGAAAUAGGUGGCCAUGACUUGCCCGUGCGCAAGCUUUCAUGGUCUCCUCAUCAUUCAGAUAUCUUACUUUCCACAUCCUACGAUAUGACUUGUAAAGUGUGGCACGACCUCAGUGUUGAAAACGGUAAACCAACGGGUAAAACUAACAGCGUAGACCCGGCUAAGGGAUGUCGGCUUGUGUUUCCUCACCACACUGAAUUUGUUUUUGGUGCUGACUGGAGCCUAUGGGGCCAACCAGGGUAUGUCGCUUCAACCUCCUGGGACGGAAAUGUUUGCGUAUGGUACGCAUUUAGUGGAUAA